AUGAAUCAAAUAUUGCUUUGCGGUGAUGGUGCUGUUAGAGGAACUUCUGGUCAAGCAGGUGUAGGUUGUGUAGGGAGAGACAGUGAAGGAAGAUGCAUUGGUGCUUUCUCAGGAGGGAUUGGAAUUGCAACUGCAUACAUUGCUGGAGUUAUAGCUUUGGUUAUAGCUGGAGAAUGGGCUUUAAAAAGAGGAUACAUGAACAUUUGUUUCAGUAUGAACUCCAAAGCAGUUUUAACAGCUUUUAUGUCAGAGAGAGUUCCUUGGAUAGUCAAGCAUAGAUGGAAGAUCAUCAAGAAAUAUAUGAGGAACAUUACAUUCAGACAUUUAUAUAGUGUGAUUAAUUUCUCUGCUACAAAAAUGGCAAAAAAAUGA